AUGUCUGACAUUAGUCAACAAAUGAACAAUUUAAGUGUUCAAGAGAACGGCAGCAACGGUCAAUAUCAGCAACCCAGACAAAAUGGCCGCAGACAAUACGUGCCACCUCACUUGAGAAACAGAGCUGGCCCACAAUCAAAUGGCUCUGACGAUAUUCCGUUCGGUGGAUCUCGUCGUAAUGGAUAUGACAACAGAGGAGGCUACUCUUCCAGAGGCAACGGCUUUGGAUUUGGUGGAGGCUCAAGAGGCGGACCAAGAGGUGGAGGAGGAUUUGGCGGAGGUAGAUACCAAAGACAAGUUCCAGGUGUCGGUAGAUGGGUUGAUGACAAGCAUGUCCCAGCUCCACGUAACGAGAGAUUGGAAAUCGAAUUAUUUGGUGUCGCUGAAGAAGAAGGUUCUCAAUCAUCUGGUAUCAACUUUGACAACUAUGACGACAUUCCAGUUGAAGCUAGUGGUGACAAUGUUCCUGAGCCUAUUACCGCCUUCACUGCUCCACCAUUGGAUGAAUUAUUGGUUGAAAACAUCAAAUUGUCAAAGUUUACCAAGCCAACCCCAGUUCAGAAAUACUCUGUUCCCAUUGUCGCUGGUGGUAGAGAUUUGAUGGCUUGUGCCCAAACUGGUUCUGGUAAGACUGGUGGAUUCCUUUUCCCAGUUUUGUCUGAAUCUUACACCAAUGGCCCAGCUCCUGUUCCUGAAUCGACUGGAACCUUUUCAUCACACAAAGUCUACCCAACUGUCCUUGUUAUGGCUCCAACUAGAGAAUUAGUUUCUCAGAUUUACGAUGAGAGUAAGAAAUUUGCAUACAGAUCGUGGGUCCGUCCAUGUGUUGUUUAUGGUGGUGCCGAUAUCGGAAACCAAAUCAGGCAAUUGGACAGAGGCUGUGACUUGUUAGUCGCCACUCCAGGUCGUCUCAAGGAUUUGCUCGAAAGAGGAAGAGUUUCUUUGGCCAACAUCAAGUAUUUGGUUUUAGAUGAAGCCGAUAGAAUGUUGGAUAUGGGUUUUGAACCUCAAAUCAGACACAUUGUGCAAGAGUGUGAUAUGCCAAGUGUCGAAAAUAGACAAACAUUGAUGUUUUCUGCUACUUUCCCAAGAGACAUUCAAAUGUUGGCUCGUGAUUUCUUAAAGAACUACAUUUUCCUUUCAGUGGGUAGAGUUGGUUCUACUUCAGAAAACAUUACCCAAAAGGUGUUGUAUGUUGAAGACGACGAAAAGAAGUCAGUUAUUUUGGAUAUGUUGAACGCCAACAAUUCAGGUUUGACAAUUGUGUUCACCGAGACCAAGAGAAUGGCUGAUAAUUUGGCUGAUUUCUUGUAUGACCAAGGAUUCCCUGCUACUGCUAUCCAUGGUGACAGAUCCCAAUACGAAAGAGAAAAGGCUCUUGCUGCUUUCAAGAGUGGUAAGGCACCAAUUUUGGUAGCCACCGCUGUUGCAGCCAGAGGUUUGGAUAUCCCAAAUGUGUCUCACGUUAUUAACUAUGAUUUGCCAGGUGACAUUGAUGAUUACGUUCAUAGAAUCGGUCGUACUGGUCGUGCUGGUAACGUUGGUAUUGCUACUGCUUUCUUUAACAGAAACAACAAGAAUAUCGCCAAGGAAAUGAUUGAAUUGUUGUCUGAAGCUAAUCAAGAAGUCCCUGAUUUCUUGACCAAGAUCUCAAGAGAAUCUGCAUUUGGUAGAUCUGGCCGUGGAUCCUCUCGUGGCGGUGGAUACGGUGGUUCCCGUGGUGGAGCUACAAGAGAUUUCAGAAGAACUGGUGGUGGCAGUGGUCACUCCAGCUCUGGAUGGGGUAGUAGCACCGGCAGUGGUUGGGGAAGCUCAGGAAACAGUGGUUGGGGAAGCUCGAACGGCGGUGGAAACUACGGUUCUCGUUCCAACUUUGGAAGUUCAGGUGGCUACGGUAACCCAUCAGCCUCUUCCAACUCGUGGUGGUAA